CUUUCGAAAUUGUAUUUAAAUCGGCAUGUCUGUGGAUUUGUACGCGUCUGUGUCGGUAAUAUCUAAAGUGAACGAUCUCGUGAUAAACAAAAACAAACAUAAUUGUUCUCUAGGCCGCCAAAAACAUUUUAUUAUCAAUAUACGAACCUUUUCCAUUCACCCCCACAGUUGUUAAGAGACUAGCAAAAGAGCAGCACCUAAUUUUCCGCCCUAUUCCAAAAACGAGUAAUUUCAUUUAAAAUUGUGAACUUGUGAAUAUUUGUGUGAUUUUUAUAAAUUCCAAAUCGAAUUCAUCACAAAAUAAAAGCUUUAGCCUUGAAAAUAUGGAGAAGAUGAGAAGGAUAAAAAUCUUGGACACCACCUUACGUGAUGGCGAACAAACUCCGGGCUGUAAGCUGAACACAUGCGAAAAGGUCAAAAUCGCCAAGCAACUCAAAGCAUUGGGAGUGGACAUCAUUGAAGCUGGAUUUCCAAUAUCUAGUCCCGGUGACUUCCGAUCGGUCGAAGAAGUCUGCAAAGCCGUUGGCAACGGACCCGUAGUAGCAUGUCUCAGUCGGGCUGUAAAAAAAGACAUAGAGGUAGCAGCAGCAUCGCUACGCUACGCUGAGUAUCCACGUAUUAAAACCGGCAUUGGCACCUCACCUCACCAUAUCAAAUACAAGUUCAAUAGCAACUCGGAGCAAAUUAUCGAACGGGCUGUAGAGGCUGUUAAAUAUGCAAAAAGUUUUGUCGAAGAAGUUCAAUUUUAUGCCGAAGAUGCAGGCCGUACUGAUAAUGACAUGCUGGCGCAAGUAUGCGAAGCUGCCAUCAAAGCUGGAGCAACGGCUCUCUCUAUACCGGACACCACAGGCUAUUGCCUACCAGACGAUUAUGGAAAAAAGAUUCGUUUUCUCAACGAAAAUGUCAAUGGCAUCGAAAAUGUCGUAAUAUCUACACAUUGUCAUGAUGAUCUGGGAUUGGCCACUGCUAAUUCUCUAGCCGGUUUGAUGAACGGAGCAAGUCAAGUCGAUUGCACCAUCAACGGUAUCGGCGAACGCGCCGGAAACGCAGCACUUUGCGAAAUUGUCAUGAUUAUCAAACAAUACAAACACCUGAAUCUUUAUACUAACAUCAACACGAAACUGCUCUGCUCUACCAGCGAUAUGGUUUCCGAAUACAUGGGAAUGCCUGUCCAAGCAAACAAAGCCAUCGUUGGAGCUAAUGCUUUCGCACAUUCGUCUGGCAUCCAUCAAGAUGGCAUCAUCAAACAUCGUAAGACCUACGAGAUUAUCGCUCCCGAAGAUGUUGGAGCCGAGCAAAGUUCUAUCAUAUUGACCGCUCGAAGUGGGCGAGCAGCUCUGGCCUAUCGUUGCCAAAAACUAGGGCAUCACUUGACCAAAGACCGUCUUAAUACCAUAUACCCGCUCUUCCUUAAAAAAGCCGAUCUAAAGAAAGAAAUUAUUGAUAACGAUCUAAUGGAUCUAAUCAAUGGAUCUAAUGGAAAUAUUGAGCGAAAUUAAUUUGGACGAUGAAAGAAUUCACUAAAAAACAAUACUUAUUUGAGAAAGUUUUUGAAUCAGAAAUUAACAAAAAAAAAUCACACAAUCAAAUUUUACAUUUUGAAAAAAGAAUUUUAAAAAGAGAACAAAAAUCUACAUGCUAAAGAUU